AUGAAGUUGAUACAGGGAAAGAAUCUUCUGCUGGCAGCAUGCCUACUCUUGGCUCUCACCCACUGUGCCAGUCGCAGGAAUGGUCCACGUGGCAGCAGUAGCAGCCUGGCCUGCCACCCAGUCAAUGCCACGAUUGCAGCAGAGAAAGAGGACUGCCCUGUCUGCAUGGCUAUCACCACCUCUAUCUGCAGCGGCUACUGUGAGACAAGGGAGAUGUUGUGGAAGACUAUCCUCUCAUCCUUCAACCAGAGGGUCUGCACCUACAAGGAUGUCCGCUACGAGACCAUGCUUUUGCGGGGAUGUCCAGCAGGCGUUGACCCAUCCUUCACGUACCCAGUGGCUCUCAGCUGCCACUGUGACCUCUGUAAGAUGGACUCCAGUGACUGCACUGUCCAGAGCACUGGGCCCAACUCCUGCAGCAACCAGCAUGUCCUUGCCUCAUAA